AUGGCCGAGAGGAUAUCGUAUGCGGUCGAGACAUACGGGCUCCUGCCCACGAGCCACUUCGGGGCUCGGAAGCAGCGAUCGGCAGAGCAGGCGCUGGUUCUGCUCCAAGAGCACAUCUACAGAGCAUGGAGGAUAAGAAAAGUCCUCAGUCUGGUCAACGGUCACGACUCUGAGGUCCACUCCCUGCCUCAGGCUGGGCUACCUCAGGGCUCACCGCUGUCUCCUGUCCUGUUUCUUUUCUUCAAUGCCGACUUGGUCCAGCACCAGAUCGACGAGGAUGGAGGUGCACUAGCAUUCGUUGACGAUUAUACGGCUUGGGUCACCGGGCCAUCACGAGAGGCGAACCGGCAAGGAAUCCAGGCCAUCAUAGAUAGAGCACUCGACUGGGAAAGGCGAAGCGGGGCGACCUUCGAAGCAGACAAGACGGCCAUCAUCCAUUUCACGCGUAACUGGAGACGGCCAGAGGACUAUGCCACGUUCGACAUCAACGGUGACACCGUUCGGCUUACAGACCGGGUGAAGAUCCUGGGCGUGGUGAUGGACAGUAAACUCCGCUUCACCCAACAUCUCGCAGGAGCUGCGACCAAAGGCCUAGAAGCGGUGUUGGAGCUCAGACGACUUAAGGGCCUGUCUCCAUCUCCGGCGAGACAACUCUUCGUGGCGGCCGUGGCACCUACGAUGGAUUACGCAUCGAACAUGAGUGCCAUCAGCAGAGUACAGAGAAUUGGAGCCCAGGCAAUCGUGGGUACCUUCAACUCGGUAGUUACGGCAGUUGCCGAAGCGGAAGCCGGCAUACAAUCAGUCCAGGAGCGGUUCGACAGGAAAGCGAUCAAGUUCUGGGCGCGCCUUCGGACAUUGCCCCAGAGUCAUCCGCUGCGACGUAUCAAGACCAACAAGUGCAAGAGGCACAUCUCGCCUUUCCAGAAGAUGGCCGCAGCCUACCGCGACCUACCCCUGGACAUAUUAGAGAACAUCAGCGCUUUCUCGCUACCACCCUGGAAGAACCGUGUACAGACGGUGGCUGAAGACGACGGAGACGAGUUAAGCGCUGCAAUCAAGACAGGCUGGGCCGCUAGGGCUGCAAUAGCCACUUCGGCAAAAAAUGAUAUCGUGGGCUAUGGAAGAGCACUGCAUCUCUCCAGGUCACACACGGGAGGCGGUUUUACGACAACGGAACAGCGCACAGCUGGACCUAGGAUGGAGCAGAAUCCGUUCACGGCAGAGCUCGCAGCAAUGGCAACGGCGUUGGAUUCACUCGCAGAGAGGGUCCGUCACCUAGUCAUAUACCUAUUCUCCAGCAGUAAGGCCGCCGUGUCAGCAGUAAGCAGACCCCGGCAGCAGUCAGGCCAGCAGGAAAUUUGGCGUAUCUACGAGGCUAUCAACGUUCUCAAGAACAGAGGCAACAGGGUGUCACUCUUCUGGCUUCCGGCCGGAGUAAAGUCGAAGGUCAUGAAGGAGGCCAAGGCAGCGGCAAAAGAAAGUACCCGACAAGGGGAGACAGCUAGGAAGAGGCCUACCAGGGCAUACUCAACCGCGCUCGGAAACGCGCUACAGAGAGCACAAGCGAUCAACCGUAGACUACCGGAAGGCGUAGGAAACUUCUCGAAGAAGGUCGAUGCCGCCCUCCCGGGGAUACAUAUGCGCCAAUUAUAUGACGACCUAUCACGGAAACAAGCCAGUGUACUGGCGCAACUGCGGACCGGAAUGGCGAGACUCAACUGGUAUUUACACCAGAUGGGGGCUGUCGCCACAGACCAGUGUACAUGUGGACAAGCGACAGAAACGGUCUAG